AUGAAAGUCGAUUUCAACGGUUUACCCAAUGAAAAGAUACCAGCAAUGAAAUGUCUGUGGUCAACAUUAGCUUCAGUGUUACCCCACGCCAAACUCUCGCUAGAGGCGAAUUUCUGCGAUAUUGGAGGAAAUUCACACAACAGAAUCUUGAUAAUUGAAAAACUGAGCGAAGCAGGAUACAACAUCAGUAUAUCAGACUUUAUCAGGUCGGAAACAUUACUGGAAAUUGUAAAUCAGAUGACACCGAAUACAAAUCGUAAUAGACUUUAUAAUAAAAUCGAUUUAACUAAACACAAAUUUGACCAAAUAUCAGAAAAAUAUAAAGCAGAAAUUUAUAGAAUCGUUGCAGACGGUUUCGCCAUUAAAUCAGUUAUUGAAAGAAGUAUGGAGCUUAAAGUGGAAAAACGUGAUUACAUUCAAAUGCUUGAUAUAAUCUGGCCUAAAUUAAUUAAUAACCCACUCAGUUUCGUGAUAAAGGACCAGGAUACCGAUGAGGUAGUCAGCUGCAUGCUCUUAAUGGACAUCAUCGAUGAAUCGCCAAUAAGGCUACAAUCAAAUUUUGAUUAUGUAAUGGAGCUCUUUGAAUUUAUAGAAGCACCUUUAAUAGAGGCGCUUCCGAAAGGUAAGAUACUGUAUGCCUACAUGUUCGCCACCGAUAUAAAGCUAACCCCACAGAAGAACAUAGAAAUGGGGCUUGUAACGGCAGGGAAGGUGGAAGAUAUUGCAAGGCAGAAUGGUUUCACAGGCGUCUUCACAGGAAAUACCAACCCUCUAACACGGCAACUAUCGGAGAUUGUUCUGAACUACAAACUAUUGAAAAGUUACCAGGUGAACCAAUUCGUAGCCUCAGACGGAACAAUGCCAUUUAAGAAGGCUGACGACAGUGUGACAGUAGCAUGCUCAUUUAAAGAACUUUAUUAG